CAGACUCAGCUCUGCGUUGCACACGAGUUCUGCUUUGCUGGGAGGCACAGAACGCGGCCGUCGAGUCAUUUGUCGCGCGGUCCGAUGCUCUGCGUGGUCCUGCGUCGUCUGUAGCUUCUCCUGGUUCUCUCUGGCCCCCCGCCGUCGCAAACAGUCCGCGCACAGAACCGCCAAAACGGCUUUUUCGCCAGACCGAGCUUUUCACCGCCCGACUGCUCGCCAGCAACACGAGAAGGCAAGGAAGGAAUGCUCCCGCGCGAAUCCAUCAACGCGUGACCGUCACUUCGGCUUGCCAGCACAGUUCACGCUCAGCCAUCCGAAAGAGCUGGGAGACUCAGGAAAAAGGACGAGAGAACAAGUCAUGGCGGAGAAUCCCAACGGCGUCAGCGCGCCACCUCCACCGACCAACGGCUUCGACCAGCAGCGGUCCUCUGCCGUUCCAGACCUUGCCCUCAUCCUGCAGGCGAUCGAAGUUGUCUACAACCCCCGCUCCGCUCACGAUGCACGGCACGCGGCCAACGAACUUCUCGAGACGACAAAGUCCUCGCCCGCCGCCCGCGAACUGGGCUAUUCGCUCGCCGUCGAUCACGCCAAGGACCCGACACUGCGCCAUUAUGGCCUCACCUUGCUAGACUACCACACGCGUUACGUGUGGGACGGCUACGAUGAGGAUGUCGAGGCUCAGCUGAGGGAGUGCAUCGUGAAGCUCGCGCAGGGCGUGCGGAAGGAAGAUCCGACGUACCUAAGGAACAAGGUUGCCCACGUGUGGACCAUCUUUGCCAAGCGGUCGUGGGCUACGUAUUGGAUGGACAUGGACGAGCAGCUGGUGGCCCUGUUUGGUGCGAGUGAUGCACACAGGGAGGUGGUGCUGUAUGUACUCCAGGCACUUGCCGAGGAUGUUUUUUCAAGAGACGACACGCUGGCUGCAACAAGAGGCGAGGUGCUAGCUGCUGCAUGCAUCGAGAUCUUCACACCGGAGGCGUUGAUGGCGGACAAGAAUGUGUCCAAGACUGGUCACUCCGUGGGCGUUCGGUGUGGCCCUGAUGGCUGGCUUCAGCGAUUGAGUACCUUUCUCGACUGGAGUCUGGGCAAUGAUCAUUCUCUUGCUGUGAAGACGCUUGAGACGCUGGGCUCAGCCAUGAGCUGGCUACCCUCGGCCACCAUCGCCGCUACCUCCGGCAUUGCACCUGUCUGCCGUGGCAUUGUCGUUGGUGACUGUGCGAUUCGUCUCGCCGCCGUGGAAUCUCUGACUACGAUCUGCAGCCGCGAAAGAAUGCCGGACGAUGACGCGCUGAAGAUCGUGAUGCCUCUUUUUUCAUCUGAAAGCGUGAACUCCCUUUACAACACGUAUCAGUGGGCACGCGUCUCCGCGGACGACAUCGACGACGCGAAAUACACGCUCCUGCAGAAGACGUCGAAGCUGCUUUCACGUCUAGGCGCAUGGAUUGAAAAGAAUCCUGCGCUCUUACCAGAGUCGAGUGAUCUGCCUCGCUUCUUUGAGCUGCUGUUUGAAGUUGCGCGAGAUUUGAGCUUGAAAGUCUCGGAGCCGGUUCUAAGACUCUGGACCCACCUCUUGCGCAUUCCGACUCUUCGAGAUUCCGUUAUCAUCCAACAAAGCAUAGGGCCAUUGAUGGAGAUGUGUAGCCGGAGACUGGUUCGUUACGAAGCUUUGCCGGAGGACACGGACGAUCCAAUUGUGGUCUUCAUCAACGAAGACUUUGACACGCUUCCGGAGAAACAUAUGUUCUUGGGUAACUACAGGCGGUACUGUCUGGACGUGGUGGAGGCCGCUGUGCGAAAGUUUCCGGUCGAUGCCGUGAGCCAUAUUUUAGGACAGGCUCAGAGUCUGUACCGCGACAUCCAAACCAGCAUGCAGAACUUUCAACCACAAAAUUUCUCCAAAAAGUCGCCCGAGUUCCUUCGAGUCGAUGCGCAGGUCAUGCUCGUAGACGCUUCCGUCAAGGGCUAUACCAAAUGGCUUCUUACUCAGGAAGAAAAUGACCCUCAGCAGAACGAGCAGGACCGCAACGCCAUGAUGAACACCUUUGUCUCGUAUUUCGAGGCUACGCUCCCCCUGCAUUUCAACGACCCCGCUGUGCAGCGUCGAAUUUUAUCUUCGCUUACGCACAUGGCCAUGCGAGUUUUUCAGAAAUCGAGGCCGGAUCUGGGUACGCAGUUACUGGACCGUUUCUUCAGCCUCAAAGUCAUAGAUGAUCCUACAUACAUGGAGUAUUCAGAGGCGGCGAAGUCGUUAAGUUUCCUGGGCGUAACGGAGAGCCAGAAACUUGCCUCUGUGUGGGCUGACACACUAAUUCCUAUGUAUGAUGAAUUAGAGAGGAGGGUGCAGCAGAAAGUCGCCGAAGAGGGACUGGAUGCCGCACACGCGCUGGGGUAUCAAAACUUUCUGUUUACCAUUGUUCUUCACUCGCAGACUCUAGAUGCACCAACUAAGUUAUCCAAACUUCGCGAAAUGGCGUCGGUAUCAACCGCCGCUUGGCAAGCGCCUGACUUUAAUGCGGCGGUAAAGGAUUUCGGUUCCUUCUUUGGAUCCUUAGGUCUCAGCGGACUUCCGCAAUACUUAUAUACGCACAACUUCCACAAGCUUGACAACUGGGCCGACCACAUGCUCGAUGCUGAAGGCCGCGCUUUACAAUCAACAGUCAACGACCGAGUAGAUCGCAUUCCUCACCGUGCGACACGCAUGCUGCUCAUGGCCACUUUCGACAAGCUCCCUGACAGCGACGCGCAGCUCGUGCAGCUGGCGCAGAGCCUAUGGGCUGAAGCCAUCCCUUCAAUUCUGCCCAAUCUGAUGCAGUCCCUCCGCCAUGCGCAUUUGUUCGGCGAUCGGGAAGCUUGGCCUCAGCUUCCGGAGGAGAUGAAGCAUCUUGUGCAGAAGAUUUUGACGGAUCGCUUCUGGCAGGCGGGAAUCAGCAACGAGAGCAUGGACGACUUUUACAAGAGAGUGAACAGUUCAAAGCACUCGUACGAAGGGUUUGCUUCCAGCAUCCGAGGCGCUAUUCGGCAGAUACGUGAAAAGUCGUAUUCGAUCUUGUGCUACCUAACCCGGUUGGAAGCUGGUUUCUAUGGCCUACCUGAGCUACCGGAGGUGCUUGCGAGCAAUGUAUAUGAUACGGCUGGAUCGCUGUCGGCUCACCAAUGGUCGGUGCUCUUGAACAUGUCAGACCAGGUCAUCCGUGGCUGUCCCCUAGAGCUGCGCCAGCAGUUCCUGCCGAUCGUGCUGACGGCACUGCUGAGAAAUCUUGAAGCAAAGCUUACUUCUGAGUGGGAGAUUGCGAACCGGAGUUCUAGUGAAGCGGCUGGGGACGAUAAUUUGGGCGAUGAGAUGAAGAGAGAGAGUAUUUUGAGGAUGUUGACGUAUCACUCAGUUUUGCUUGUGAACGGACUGCUCGACAUUGACCCCUCUGUCUCUCACUCAGACCCCGGCCAAGAAACACGCAUGUAUCGCACAAUACUUGCCUCACCUCAACUCCUUGGUCAAAUGCUCAUGUUUCUCACAUCUGCCCUCCGCAUGCGGGAUCAACGUUCCGUCAAUGUAGUCGUCCUGACCCUUAACCGUCUCCUCCCUUUCUUCAAGAAGCCCUCCGAAGUACGCGAUUACAUAUGCGACGCCGUCCUUAAGAACGCAAUUCAAUCCUUUAACGAGGGUUACUUCACUGAGUCUCAGACCAAACUUGCGGGUCUUAUUGCUCAGAUCAUCUCCCUGGAUGAAAAUGCGACAAAGGCAGUCAUCCUGAGCCUGCCUAACAUGGAUCCCGAGAAAGUGCAGAGGCGCUUCGAGAGGCUGAGGCAGACCAAGAGCCCAACUCAAGGUGCGGCAAUCGUGCUCGAAAUGCUUCAAGGAUUAAGAGGAGUGAGUAUCCACGAAUUAGGAAAGAUCACGGCGGCGCCAAGGAGGAAGGCCAGCCGAGAUAAACUAAAGAUGGAGAUGGAAAUGGGUGGCAUCGUGAACGAUGGAAUCAGAAGGGGCGGUGAAGAAGAGCUGGAUGGCAUUGCUGGCAUGUUUGGAUGAGACAAAACACUGUAUCAAAGUCAAUUUGUAACCUGUGAGUGUCUUCAUGUAUUUUUUUUUUCUGGUCUGCAUUGUCUGAAGAGCUAGACUUGUUCUGCUCUUGGUCAAUAUUCUCUGCAAACGCCGAAAGUCUGCUUCGUUGUCUCACUAGAUGGGUACGCUUAAUGCAUCAACAGCAUCUAUGUAGCAUCCUACUCAAAAAAGGCAAAUACUGCGUCAUCACAAACUGAAAAACAAA